GGUUCUCUGUCGCGAAGGUUUGUGUGUGGAGAGAAAGAGAGAGAGCGCGCAUUCACGGUUGGCGCAGGCAGCGGUCCUUGAGAACGGAGCGUUGUGCACGGCGGCAGCAUGGCUUCGUCUCACGGGAGAAGCGACAUGCGGUUUGCAGACUGGAUGGCAAGUUUACCUCAGAGCAUGCACAGUACUCCGCUCACCAACCUGGCUAUCCCCGGUUCCCAUGAUUCCUUCAGUUUUUACAUCGACGAGGCGUCUCCAGUUGGCCCCGAGCAGCCGGAAACAGUUCAGAACUUUGUUUCUGUUUUUGGGACGGUGGCUAAGAAACUAAUGAGGAAGUGGUUAGCUACACAGACUAUGAACUUCACCAGCCAGCUGGAGGCUGGGAUCCGCUUCUUCGACCUGCGCAUCUCCACCAAGCCCCGCGACCCCGACAACGAAUUGUUCUUCGCCCACGGGCUCUUCAGUGCCACAGUCAGAGAAGGUCUUGAGCAGAUCAGCAGUUUCCUGUCAGCUCAUGCAAGAGAGGUUGUGUUCCUGGACUUCAACCACUUUUACGGCGUGCAGAACCUGCACCAUGAGAAACUGGUGGCCAUGUUAAAAGAGGUGUUUGGAGACAAACUCUGCCCAGUCGUCUUCGCUCAGGAGGUGUCUCUGCAAUAUCUGUGGGAGAAGGAGUACCAGGUGCUUGUCUUCUAUCACCACCCUAUGGCCCUUGAAGUGCCCUUCCUGUGGCCAGGGCAGAUGAUGCCCUCUCCCUGGGCCAACACCACCGACCCAGAGAAGCUGGUUCAGUUUCUCCAGGCGUCUGUCACUGACCGCAGGAGGAAGGGGACCUUCUUUGUCUCCCAGGUGGUUCUAACACCGAAGGCCAGCACUGUGAUGAAGGGCGUGGCUAGCGGACUGAGAGAGACAAUCACUGAAAGGGCCUUACCAGGCAUGAUGCAGUGGAUCAGAUCGCAGAGACCCGGGGAAAGCGGCAUCAACAUUAUCACAGCUGACUUUGUGGAGCUCGGGGAAUUCAUCAGUGCCGUCAUCACCCUCAACUAUCACAUGGACGAUGAUGAAGAUGACGCCACCUGAGAGCCCACAGGGGGCGUCAAGGAGCACAGUCACCACCACUAUUGCUAGAGGCUUGGUCUGUGCUCUCACUCUUUUCUCUUUGGCAUUUAUUUCAGGAGAGGAGCUGCUCUGCUCUUUUUACCUUAUUUAGGCCUAUAGUGAAUUGAGAGCUUAAAAGGCAAAAAAGUGUUUAGGUAACAGAAGUUGGGAUUGGAAGAAACAACACUAGUUUGGUUGGAGCACACAGAGAACGAGGUUUUGUUUUGUUUCCUAUGUUGGGGAUCAAAAUAGUUAAUUCAAGUGAGAUGUUCAUUUUCUUUAUUUCCUGUGCUGUAGACAUAACUGCUUUGUCCAUUGAUCAAAUUAACUGUUUUCAGGUAUCACUUCACCAUGGGUAGAUUUCUCACAGCAUAUCAACUUUCUGCUAAAUGUAUUCGUACAUAGUUUUUUUGUACUCUGGUGACAGUUUUUUUUCAGAGAUUCUUUUAAAGUGAUGUUUUUUUAUUUAUUUACAAUAUGCAUCCCGGGUCAGAUCACUGGGGGUUGUUUCUGAAAAACGCCUUGAGCAGAAUGUGUUUAGAAAGUGUUAUUACAAUGUGUUCACCCAAUACAUGAGAAGAAGAUGAACCAUUUUCCAUAUGUUUCCUCAGCAGUUAUCUCUCUAGGGGCUUUCUCCCAGUAAUAAUCUCCUCUGAAGUCAGCUUGCAGACAUUGAUCAGACAUCUUUGUAAAUCUUUGUGAUUCACUCAUUUAAAAGCAUAGAGAAAUAGAGAGCAAGAGUGCAGCUUGGCUAGCAGAGAAAAAUGUACCAUUCACGCCAUGUGUACUUUAUCUUUGGUGCAUCUAAACUAAACAAUAGUUUUAACAAUGUCAGUGUGUUUCAAAUUUCAAGACCAUCAUCGGCUGUCGCUGCAAGGUACUUACAAAAAAAUAAUUUCUUUAAGACAGCUAGAAGUGCAAUCAAUGCUACUAGUCAUUUCUAAUGGUUAGGGAUCAAACGUGACAAAAGUAUUGGAUUUUGUGGUGGGUGCUGAUUCGUGAUAGCCAAGUAUAAAAAUACAUCUGGGUACAAGAGUGUAUCCACGAUCUGUCUGUGCGACUAUACUUACUGCUGUAGUUCAGUUUAUAUAUAUAUAUAUAUAUGUGAGUCAUCAUGAGAUGUAUCUCAGUGUUGUGUCUUUCAUAAUCACAGGUGAUAAAGUUGCUUAACACUCACUCAGAGACCCUUUGUAUUUCAAGUCAGAAAAGGCUAAACAUCACAAUUUGAAGUCAGGAGGUCUUGAUGUGACAACAGUGCUUUGACACUUUUGAAAAUAAUACAAUAAAUGUUUAGUUUAAUAUCUAGCUGUAACUCUUUGGUGUCUACCUUAUUAGAUGUUUCUGAACGAUACUAAAUACCUGGAUUUCUGCUAUAUCAUUUAGUACACUUUUAAUUUAUGUGUAAUGGGUUUUCUUCUAUACCCUGCAGUAUUUCAUUAAAGAUGGAAAAAUACUUCGAAGUGGCACCCAGAAAGAUAAUGGGAAUAUUUUAUUGCAAGGUUUUACACAUAAUGCAUGAAAACAAUCACAUACAAAUCAAACAUCUACACACCUUAUGAUCAGUGUGGCAUUUUCUACUGAGAAUGUAUUCUGUAAAGACAUUGUUGUCUCGUUAAGUAAUGUACAACCAAAACAGAAAACUCAACUCUUUGGAUUUGUGAAUGUAUGUGUCUUGUGAGUAACUGCCAUUUCUUUAAAAGUCUCAUGUGAUCGAUUGACCGAGUAUCAGCUAGAAAGUCAUUUUUGUAUUGUACGCUUCAAUGUUCAGCUGAGUUCAAGUUUUGGAAUUCAGACAGUAUUUACUUCACUUCAGUGUGGUUUCAUGUUAAAAUGUUUUAUAUCGUGGAAAGUUUGUACAUACUGUAAUUGCAAAUAGUAUACUGCCAAUGAAUUGUAAAUUAUUUAAAUUAUUGCAGAGUCACUGAUAAUAAUGUCCUAAUGUAUACCUUAACUGAGCUAUCAUAAUGCUUCUUCUUUUUCAUAAUUUUAGUUUUGUGCAUGAACCAAACUGUUCUACAUAUACUACCUUUUGUUUUUUUACCAACAGUGUCCAUUAGGUAUGUGCAUAUACUAAAUUAUUUUCUGUAUAUUGUUCUUAAAAGCAUGGGUGCAUCUCAGCUGGAAAUGUUUAAUCCUUUUAGACACAUCUCCAAAUUAAUUCAUUUUUUUGAUUCACUGCUACUACCCCAUACAAAUGAAGAAUGAAGCCACACAAAUGAGCAGACUUGAAAAGGCUUGCAAAUUGUGUUGUAAGAACAUUUGUUUCUUCCCUGGUCCAAACUGUUGUCAUUGCCUUUAUGUUCUUGUGUAAAAAAGAGUCCUUUGCUGUUGUAAAACUCACAACAACUUGUAUAAAAAUGACUGUUCUAAGUGGAAACAUCAAAUUAAAUAAAGCUUCUAUGACUAA